AUGGCUGAUCACGGUCACGUUUGCGGGCUGUAUUACAUCGUCCCGCACCCCCGCUACGCAUACCACACCCAACGCAAGUACCUCCAGCAACUGUCACUCUCAGCCCAUACCAAGAUCGUCUCGUCGACCAGCCGGACCACCCUCACACAAAACUUCGUCAACCCUAAGUCGGAGAAGCUCAAGGAGCUGCGGUACACCUUCCCUCUCUACGCGGGCGUUUCGGUCGUUGACUUUGUCUGCACCAUCAACGAGAAACGGGUUAUCCGCGGGGUUGUUAAAGAGCGCGCUCAGGCAAAAAAGACGUACCAGGAAGCCGUGGACCGUGGCGAAACGGCUGGGCUACUGGAGCAGCUGCCGGAAGCCAGCGAUGUUUUCACAACAACGAUCGGCAAUGUGCCCGAGAAUGCCGAGCUCAAGAUUGAGAUCACGUAUCUCGGUGAGCUAAAGCAGGAUGUGGGCAUCGAUGGAAUCCGGUUCACCAUCCCGACCAGUAUUGCGCCACGGUUUGGCGACUACCCCGGCGAGUUGGAGCCGAGUACUGGCAUCGACAAGAAGAAGAGCGGCAUCAGCAUUGUGGUCGACGUCGAGCUGCCCGCGGGUUCCAACGUCAAGAAUGUCCAGUCGCCAUCUCAUCCGAUCUCGGUGACUCUUGGUAACACUGCCGAGGGUGCGGCUCGCGGCGCCGACAUGUCACUGCAGAAGGCCUCGGCCACCCUGGCUUUGUCGACCGCAGAGCUCGGAGACGACUUUGUCCUGCAGGUCGUGGCAACCAACACCGGCGACCCUGUGGCCGUGCUCGAGACACACCCGACGUUGACGAACCACCGCGCACUGAUGGCCACGCUGGUACCCAAAUUCAACUUGCCCGCGUCGCGGCCCGAGAUUGUUUUCCUCUGCGAUCGCUCUGGUUCCAUGAUGGGGUCGAACAUUGCCAAUCUCAAGACUGCGCUGCAGUUGUUCCUCAAGUCGCUUCCCGUGGGCGUCAAGUUCAACAUCUGCUCCUUUGGCUCACGGCACGAGUUCCUGUUUCCCGAUGGCUCGCAGACGUACGACCAGUCUUCCCUCAAGAAGGCCACGGCUUAUGUCGACACAUUUGAGGCGGACUUUGGCGGCACCGACAUUUAUGACCCUAUGGAGGAUGCCUUCAAGAAGAGAUACACCGAUAUGGAUCUGGAGGUGUUUCUGCUGACUGAUGGCGAGAUCUGGAACCAAGCUGCGCUCUUUAAGCUGCUCAAUGAGAAGAUUGCCGAGAGCAAGGGCCGCGCGCGGGUGUUUAGCUUGGGUAUCGGGAGCGAUGUGAGCCAUUCCCUGAUCGAGGGCGUGGCGGAAGCAGGGCAUGGGUUUGCGCAGUCGGUGGGGGAUGACGAAAAGAUGAACACCAAGGUUGUGCGGAUGCUGAAGGCAUCUCUCACACCGCAUAUUGACGAUUACAAGCUGGAAAUCAAGUACGGCAAGGAGGGCGAGGCAAAGGGUGCGGAUGCGGAAGACGAAUUUGAGAUUGUCGAGAAGGUUUUGGACGGGUUGGUCUUGGAUGUGAACGAACCGACUCCAUCGGAAGGGGCCACGACAACCGAGGAGAAGAAACCCAUAUCCUUCUUCGACAAGUCCGCCGAUCCUGACGUCGAGAUGGCCGAUGCCUCGCUCGAUACCUCGUCGGGCGGAAAAUACUCACAUGUCCCGGCGAUCUCGGAGCCCAAGUUUCUCCAGGCCCCUUUCCUCAUCCCCCCGAUUCUGCCCUACUCCCGCACUACCGUCUACGUCCUAUUUUCUCCUGAGACCAUCCAAAAGCAGCCCAAGUCCGUCAUUCUCCGCGGCACCUCGCGCCACGGACCGAUCGCGCUCGAGAUUCCGGUGACGGUGCUCGAGGAGAAGUCGGAGACGAUCCACCAGCUGGCAGCCCGCAAGGCCAUUCGCGAGAUGGAGGACGGCCGCGGCUGGAUUUUCCACGCCAAGGAUAGCACUGCGGAUGGUGCUCAGUUGGUUAAGGACAAGUACCCCGGCCGUUUCCAGGACAUGGUCGAACGCGAGGCGGUCCGGCUAGGCGUGACACACCAAGUUGGUGGCAAGUGGUGUUCGUUUGUGGCAGUGGAGGGUAAUGAGGAGAGGCACGAGCAAGAGGAGCCAUCUCAGCCCGAACCCGGAUUGCUAACCACUUGUUUCUUUCCAGCGGCAACAGCGAGCUUCGCCCCCAGAGCCUUUGCUGCACCCGUAGCUAUGUGCGCCAGCGCAGCGGUGCCUCCGCCACCUGCCCCGGGCGGUGGUAGCCCGUUCGGGAGCUACGCAGCUCCACCGCAGGCGCAGAUAGCACAGCUGGAUAUGUAUUCGGAUUCAGGGUUCAGUACGGUCGGGAUGCCACGCAGGAAGGCGAAGGGCAUGCGCAACAUUCUACCCUCCGAAGACGAGGAAGACGAAGAGUCUGACGACCAGGGGUUUGGGUUGAUGGAUGACGGCCCCAGUUUCGUGGAACCGGAGGACCUCUCAAAGCUAUCACAAGCUGAUCAGCUGAACCGGCUUGUCGACUUACAAACUUUCGAGGGAUCCUGGGCCUGUGAGCCACGCCUCCUGGGGGUCAUCGGGCGCGGAAAGCUGGACGAGAAGACGCUCUCGCAGGCGGCGGCUAAGGCUGGGUUCCAGGUUUCUGGGUCUGCGUUGGAUGCCUUGGCGACCGCGUUGGCGCUGGCGUUUUUGGAGAAGGAGAUGGCGGAUGAGGCGGAGGAGUGGGAGAUGUUGGCGGAGAAGGCGAACAUGUGGUUGGAGGGGAAGUUAGGGGAGAUUCAGGGGGAGGAGAGGGGUGUGGAGGAGUAUUGUGAGGCGGUGAAGCGGUUUUGGGAGAACGUGAGGAAUUAG